AUGGUUCGCUUUCUGUCGCUCCUCACCACCCUCGCCACUGUCUGCACGACGCUUGCUCUCGGCCAGGCCUCCAACGACAACCCAGCGGGUAAGACAUUGUACGUCAAUUAUCCCAGCUGUUCGUACUACAAGUGUCAAGUGACCUGGACCGCCGGCAAACCCGCGUACGUCAACUGGGUCAACGCACCCUCCGGCGGACUCCGCAUCCAGCUUGAACCACAGGACGGCACCACAGGUCUGCAGACCUACACGCUCACGGACAAGGUCGGCAGCAUCCACGGCUGGAGCGACCACAAGUGCGACAACAUGGGCACCGGCGAAAAGUGCGGACGCUUCGACUUUACUCUCCCAAGCAAUGUGAAGCCUGGGUUGUACCAGAUCGUGGUGACGAGUUUGGCCCACCCGAACAAGUACAUGGGCUACACGGAUACGGUCAAGGUGGUCAAAGCGAAGAGCGGCAAGGGAAAGAGACACGAGAUGGACAGGUUGCAGGAGGAUCAGAGCUGA